GGGGUGUUCCUAGGCACUUCCGGGUUUAGCCCACACAACGUAAUCAGAUGCUGAAAUUUAGAGUUCGUUUUUGACACUUUUCAGACUUGAUAUUGUAAUUUGACUUAAUUUUUCACACUGUAUGUAUUUGUUAUCUUUCAACAAUGUCUAAAUCUGUGAAGAAACAAGUGGAAGAGGCCAGGGAACACAACAGUCCCGAUCUGGAUUUGAGUGACAGGGGGAUCAGCAAACUUGUUGACACACCCGGACUCUUCUCUUUGAAGAAUCUGAGCCGACUCACCUUGAGCCACAACAAAAUUGAUGUGGUCCCUCCAAACAUAAUAGAGUUGACCUCACUGGAGACCCUGAACCUCUUCAACAAUUACAUUGAGGAGCUACCUACGAACCUCAGCUCAAUGCAAAACCUCAAGUACCUCAACAUAGGAAUGAAUCGCCUGUAUGCCUUGCCACGUGGGUUUGGCUCCUUCCCCAAGCUGGAGGUCCUUGAUGCAACCUACAACAACCUGACAGAGAACAGUCUGCCGGGAAACUUCUUCCUUCUCGAAACAUUGAGGGCUCUGUAUCUUUCUGACAAUGACUUUGAAGUUAUACCCGAGGAUGUCGGUCAGCUGACCAAACUCGAAGUGCUUGCAGUGAGAGACAACGAAUUGAUAGGGCUGCCCAAAGCCAUCGGGGACCUUCAGAAACUGAAAGAACUUCACAUCCAGGGGAACAGGCUCACCGUGCUGCCACCAGAACUUGGUAAGCUUGACCUGUACAGUGGUCACACAGCGUUCAAGGCGGAGAACAACCCCUGGGUCCCGCCCAUCGCUGACCAGUUCCAAGUGGGCGUGUCACAUGUCUUUGACUACAUCCGUUCCGACACUUAUAAGUAUUUGUAUGGUCGUCAUGUAGAAGCUGGCGCCGCUCCUCAUCCCAAGACCAACAACCGAGCCAAGAAGAUCAGCAGAAGAGAAGUCUGGGGGAAGAAGUAGAGCAACGCUGACAGCUCUCUCUGAAAUAAGCGCCAGGCCCUUUCACAACCAUUUCUCCUCUCUCCAAACGUUUUGUGAAGGCUGAGUGCAAUGCAAGUCUUACAUGAUGCAAUUUCGAGUUUGGGAGAAUUAAAAUCACGAUCUGAGGUUUUAACCCAAACCCUCCCAGUCCUUCAGCAUCCACCAGGAGGAAUAGACUAAUUCCGCGAUAAAAUUUAGGAGCCAUUUAUUAAGUUGGCCUCAGGUCGACCUGCGCUUCUCUUGCACCGCGAUUGUACUAGCCUUGGUCAAGGCGUUCAUGGAUAGUGUGUGGGAUUAUAUCUUACCGCUCUUUGCCAACUGAUUUGCCUAUUGUAGCCGUGUGAGGUUUCUGUUCGCGCUUCUUACAGUGCAUAGCACACAACUAGUGUUGUUAGGGGUCAGAUACCAUCAUGACACUAUCGACGAAGGCUAGUUCCGGUGUGGUGGAAGCAAAUUGCAGGUUGACCUGAGGGGCAUUUUCGUCCACCUCAAAAAUGUAAUUUAGUUCGCCGAUUUAGUAUUGGAGGAUUUUGCAAGAAUACGAGUGAUUGGAUCUCGUGAAGCAAUUUGACAUUUGAAGUAAUUAAGGGGAUAAUAGUAUGAUGAAGCAGUUAUAAACGUCUGGUUUAAAACCAGUAAGAGGCCAUUAUUAGCUGCCAGGCUCUCCCUGACCGGUUUUAUAAACAUCUUAUUUAUAAUUGCUCAAUCACAAUAUUAUCCUCAUUCAUAAAUACUUUUUGGCAUGCUGUCUACCCCCUCCUUACAUCCAUAAAUGUCUCCCUUGGCUAAUAAAAAUGGCUCUUACCAAUACAAAAUGUGAUCACUUCUACCUGUUAACCACUUGAACACAGUCUCCAUGUACUUAUUGUUUUUUUAAGUGCCAAACCAUUAACAACAAAACCUUGUGUAUAGAGGUUACUAUUUUUAUAACUUCCUGCUUUCUUGUUUUAAAGGCAAUCAGAGAAACCUGACUUUUUCUAGAUAUUUGCUCUCAAACCUUCCACGUAUGUUCUUCCUCAAUAGAAACCAAAAACGAAAGUGACUUUCCUCUCCAGUUUUAUUCUAUGAAAGGUCACUGGCACAAUGAAAGCAAUCCAACUCAACUGUACAUAGUAAUGCUUAUUUAUAUACCAAUAGUUUGUUAACAAUACUUAUAUUUUAGAAUUUGUUUGCAUAAUACUGUACAGUUUUUAUACUAACGACAUGUAAAUGCCAUGUUUUCUUUUAAUGUUAAAAAGGGUCAGAUGAUCAUCUUGAAUAAUGUAGCACUAAACGGAAUUGUAAUCAAGUUAUCACAAGUCAUCGAAAGUCAUCCUGUCGCAUCAAGUGCCAAUUUUUAUUUGUUCUAAAUAAAAAAACAGCGCCAUUUGCAUUACUUUAUUUGUCCAAUUUCAAUUGUGAUCUGGCAUGAUUUUGAUGUGUGAUAGACUUUAUGUUUUUCUCGUAUUUGACUUGUGAUUUACCAGACUACAAUUUUGUAAACAAUUGUAGCUACUGUUGCAUGUAAUCUAGGUCCAAGUAUGUUAUUAGAAAUAAAAUUGCUUUAAAAAAAAA